GGCGCUGAUUGCUGAGUCAUGGAAUUUUCUGUUGCCUGACUCCAGAUUGACCCUACGCGCCACUUGGUACACGAACACGCGGACAGGAACAAUUAUGUGUACCACUAUUUGCCGCAUGACUACUUCGCGAAGGACUGUACCUUGUCACAUAUACUCGUACUUCUACUCUUCCGGUUCGGGCUAGUUAUGGAAUCGUGCGACUUUCCGCAGGCCGGAUUGAGUUGCGAGGCUUCGAAAGCUAAAGUCCGUUGUUUGCAGCGUCAACUUGGAUUCGCGAUGUCGCAAGUGGCCAGCAGCCUUUCCAAAUGUUUGUGUUCGACGUGGAGUCGCAAGUGGCCAGCAGCAGCCAUUUUCAAAUCGCUUUGUCCUGCUGCGUCGUAUCUCCAACGAACAGCUCGCAGGGGCAUGUAUAUGGUUUAAUGUGUCGCUCGGAAAUAGGCAGAGGAAAUGUUGUUAUCUCUUGGCUUACAGUAUACCGCACCUGGCCUCCGGUCGAUCAAUGCAAGUACAAGUUGCCCAAUUUGAAGGAUGCGCCUUAACAUCGCCCGAUUCAAUGCCCAUGAUCGUCGUUUUGGUCAGAAAGGUGGAGUUGCACAUGAUGAUGCAAAAUGCACGUUCCUGUGUGAAGGAAGAUUGGCACAACGGAGGAAUACGGGCGGCUUUGAAGAUAGAAACUUAGGGGUACCAUGUCAAUUGAAUGGAAUCUUCAACAUUCCUUUUCCUCGAUUCCUUUGUUUUUUCCCUCUCGACGAGAGGAUAACCUUUUCUAUCGGCGACGAUCGUACAACAAAAGUGUUGAAUCUCAUGAAGAGAAACCAGAGCAAAAGAUAAAGACAUUAUGGAACACCCACCACCACUGAGUAAUCUGCAAACUGUACUGGGCAACAUAUUCGAUUUGAAGGGCAAGAGUCACACUCUCAAAGUCUUCCGGUUUCGAGAAGUCUUCAGCAGAUUUUCCUCCCACACAUGUGAUAAUGGUUUUGCAGCAGGAAUAUGUCGUACGCUUGAUGAUAGAUUUGGAAAUAUCAAAAGGGUGAUGAUCAUUAAUUCCAUCCUGCAUCCGACGUUCUCAUAAUCUAAUACAUCG